AAAAUGUCUGGCUCUGGAAGGUUGCAACUUGUAAUGCUGUGUUUGGAUUCUAUAAAAGAUUUGUAUUGCAUGACCAGGAAGAGGAAUCCAUUUUGUGCUAGGCGGGACGUUCGCAUUUGUCAUGCGGAAAAGGCAUCAGGAUGCCCUCUAAAAGUAUGUGAUGCUAGGCCAUUCUUUACAAGCAUCAUGGGUCAUGCAAAAUAUGCAUGACAAGCCUGGAAAUCUUCCAGACCCAG